AUGACUCCCGGACCGACAACCAAAAUGGAUCGUUCAAUGGUGGCUGGUGGCGGUGGUUCGGCCAGUUCCACCGAUCAGCGCAAGCGCUGCGGAGAGACGAUCCACUCGGGCCAGUUUAUGGUGUCACACUUCGAAACCGAAGGUGCUGAGGACGAUGACGAUGAUCUGGGCAUGCAGAUGGAGGAAGUCAAACCGGCGGAUCUCAUUGCAGCCGACAGUGCCGGUGUCAUUCUGCCGGUAUCCGCUUCGGGUACCAUGGCCAAUGUGAUCGCAUCCUCUUCAUCCGGUGCGCUGGUACCGUUGGCCAGUAUAGGCUCGACGGAGCAGCAAAACCAGCUGGCCCGAUACGUGCCAAGGCAUAUUGGCAACCGGUCCACGGUAUCGCAGGUCGAAAUCGAUACGGACCUUUCGACCGUAUUCAAUACGCUCAACGUCACGUACACACAAAAGCUGACAUCGCCCAAAUGGAACCCUUUCAAAGGCAUCCGCUUGCGAUGGAAGGAGAAGAUCCGCCUGAACAAUGUUAUCUGGCGCUGUUGGCACAUGCAAUUUAUCAUGAAGCGGAAAACUCUAGUCUGUCAGUUUGCUUCCCCGCUAGACGUAGACGUUCACAGUACACCACAGGCCAUUUUGCUUGAAGGAAAGUACUGGAAGAGGAAAUGCAACGUAAUCAAGGCGGAGUACAAGAAAUGGCGACGGUUUAAUGUAAAUAGAGCAUUAGGUGCGACUAACAUUGUCGAUACGAAUAGCGAAUUAGACUUCUUGGAGUGGUCUCCGAUCAGUAAUGAUAUAUUUAUGAUCACCGAUAAUAUGCCCACGGAUACGCUGUUCUCUACACUAGCCCAGUAUCCGUUUCCCGACUCUAGAGAGAUAGCUCGUGGCGCGGGUCGGGCCGACUUCAUUCAGCCCAGCUUGGGCCCGCUGCAGCCAAACCUCGAUGAUUUGAUGGAUUUGGACUUAGAUUUUCUGAACUUCUCGCGACUUGCCCCCGUACCGGAAGAAGCAUCAGACGAUCUGUUGAAAGCAAUCGAUUAUAACUACACACUCGGGUCCAACCAAUUAACCAACACUGGUAGUAGCAUACAGGAGGCGCCGGAGACACUCCAGGCAGUCUCCGGCAACAACCAACAGACGAAUCAAACAAGCGGCUGUAUACAGCAGCAACCGGCUGGCAUUCAAUAUUCGUCAAAGAUCUACGCCCAAGCAUUGCAGCCAACGGGUGCGGGAUCACCUUCACCUUCGGUGCAAUCCUCCAUUGCCCAGCAGUUUAGUAACCCCAUCGAUACGUACCUAUCCGAUCAGCUUAUUGGUGGCGGCAAUCAGACUGGGAACAGUCAAGGGACCACAUCACUAGGUGCAUCGCUCGGCAUCAGUCAGGUGGCAUCAGGUCAGCCACAUCAGCAGCAUAACAGUACGGACGAGCUAGCCCGCAGUGUCAAAUCGAAGUUCACCCGCGGCUACGCGAAACACAACUACGACCCUAAAUACCCACCGACACCCCAUCAAACGAUGGCAUACAAUAUGGUUUCGCAGCCGCACAUGGGACAAGCGGCGGGCGGUAGCGCGGUCCUUGGGACACCAGGUCCCUACGGUAGUAACGCCACCGGUGGCUUCCAGAAUGUGAUUUCUUCAUCUGCCUCCGCCUCGUCCGGCAUUCUUCAGAUGGGCGGCGGUGGUAUCCCAUCGUCGUUAACGCCUAGUAGUAUGCAGCUACACUACAACCAUUCCGCUCUGCAGAACGCCGCUAGCAAUCCUGUUAACCUCUCCAACAGCCCCGGUGCGACGAGCGCCGCUGGUGGCGGCAAUGGCAACAUCCGAACACCCUCCCAAAUGAGCAACACUGGCGGUGGGGCACCUGCCCAGCCAAGCGUGUCUGGAGGCUCGGUAAUGCUGAUGCAAAGCAUGAACUCUAAACUGCUGACGCACAGCCAAUCCCUGCCGGUACCGGCAUUGCCGCAAACGAAACCAGCCGCACCACAGCCCCGCUCAACCUCCAUGCCGACCGGGCCGAACUACAACCAAAUGCUGGCAUCGCAACACUCUCCUCCCGGUAGCCUGCAUGCAUCGCAAUCGGGAAGCAGCUACAAAUCCUACCACGGACACCAACCCCAACCGUACAAGAUUCCUUCGCAAACGGUUGGUGCCGGUGGUUCGUAUGCCAGCGGGGUACGAGCAAUGCGUCAUUCGUCUCCACCGCACGGCACCCUACUGCAGCCCACUUCCGGCUCGACCGGACCAGCAACGGGCAUCGGAAUGAACACGAGCGCAGGUCAACCCGUGGGAAUAUCGAACGCAUUGGAACAGUCGCAACAGCAGCUGCAGGAUCUUCAGCUUCAACAGCAACAGCAGCAACAGCAAUCGAUUGUGUCUACGGUGGGCAGUUUGCAGCAAACGCAAGCUAAACGCCAUCCACCGCAUCCCACCAAAGAGAUGUUCCGCUCGAACAGUCUUCCGAUCAAUGCGACCUUUCCGUUACCACCGAAGGAGGCGGAAAACUUUGCCAUGCCCCGGUACCAUCAGUCCUCACAGAAGAGCAAUGCGAAAUUGCGCACACGCAGCAACUCGAUGAUCAUGAAGCAGCAAACGGGAGUCAUAACGAACCCGGGAAUGGGGAUGAUAGGAUCCGCUAGUGGUAGUGGAAUGGCUGGUGGAGGUGGCUCACAACACGUGCUGUCACCAACACUGCACGCCACCUCCAGUGAACCGAUGCUCAACGUUACCAAUAGUGCUCUGCUUGCCCAACUACUAACAACUAAUAACGCAAGUACCUUACUGAAUAAACAAUCACACAGUACAUCAUCAAGUGCCAUAAGUACCUUAACGCAGUCUUCGUCACAGCAGCAACAGCAGCAGCAACAACAUCAACACCAGCAACAACAGACGAGUUUGUUUCAAACGAUGUCAAUGGGUAACACCAUUUCUCCAUCGUCCUCUCAGCUUCAGUUGCAUCAACUGCAACAGCAGCAGCAGCAACAACAACAACAACAACAACAGCAGCAGCAUCACCAUCAAAUGUCCAGUGCAACAGCCGGCUCAUCCAGCAGUACGAUGCGAGCUCAACCGAGCCACAGUUCCGUGCUGAAUUUUGCCUCCUCUUCCGGUAUGUCUCUGUCGCAGCAGAGUCUUUCGCCCGAUUCGGCACACGAUACGGAUGGCCCACUGUCACCGACCGGGCUGGGCGGUAGCAGCAGCACUAGUACGGGUGGUGCCGGCAGUAAGUUCCCGCGCAGCGAUAGCCAACGUCGCACUGGGCACAUUCACGCGGAACAGAAACGUCGGUACAACAUUAAGAAUGGGUUCGAUACACUCCACUCGUUGAUACCGCAGCUACAGCAGAAUCCAAAUGCAAAGCUAAGCAAAGCGGCAAUGCUACAAAAGGGUGCUGAUUAUAUCAAGCAGCUGCGGUCAGAGCGUACCUCCGCCAACGAUCAGAUGGAUGCAUUGCGCCGGGAGAUUGAUCAAUUGAAUAAUUCAUUGAACAACCUUCAUACCGCACUGCCUGCCAGCGGGGCGCCCGUAUCCCGCCAGCGAACCGGUCGCGUGAAGGAACUGUACCAACACUACGUCCGGCAGCGAACGUUGGAGAACUGGAAAUUCUGGAUCUUCGGGUUGAUCUUCGAACCGUUGCUCAAUUCUUACAACCAAACGGUUUCCGUCGCGAGUAUGGAUGAGAUGUAUCGUACCAGCCAGCUGUGGGUUGAUCAACACUGUUCGUUGGUGGAGCUAAGGCCUGCCGUUUCCAAUCAACUGCGUCAACUGUCAACGACGACGGAUGUCCUGUCGGAUCCUCCGAGCUCACUGCAGGAGGAGGUACUUAAGGCGAUCUCCAAUUCGAACAACAACUCACUCGGACCGAGAGGCUCCGGAAAGGGGGGUAGCAGCCGGGGAGGAAGCAGCACCGAAACCAGCCCCCACAGAUCGUAA